AUGGACAUUCCGAAUAAUGAAACCAAGGAGAUAGGGAGCAAUAAUACUUCUUCAACCUGCAAUAUAGAAAUGUCUACAAAAUUGGAUGACUGUUUGGACAAGUUCCGAGAAUUACCAGAUUGCUCUCAAAGCAAAUUGUGGUGCUUAGUCAAUGAAAUGCCAACUUACCCUGGAGCUGAUAACAACAAGACAUACCAAGAAAAUGCACUCAAACAAAAGGUUGAACAAUUGAUUGCUGAAAAUAUUAAACUGAGUGCUGAGAAGGCAUUACUUAUUGAUGAAUUAAAAGAUAUGAAAGAUAAAGGGGAACACAGAGAUACUUUUAAACUCCAUAAAUUACAAAAUGAAUGCAACAGACUAAGAAGAGAAAAUCAAACACUAAGAGACAACUCUACAGAAUUACAAUGCAAGAUAAAUGAUCAAUCAGAAACUGUCUCUGAGCUGACACAACAAAAUAAUCAAUACAGAGAUCAGGUGGUUCAACUUGAGAACAACAAACAACUUCUCACAGACAAUAUAUCCAAGUUAAACAUGCAGCUUGAGCACAGUGCCAUGAAAAUAACUGGCCUUCAAGAUCAAAUUAAAGACUUAAAAAACCAAUUGUGCCUUGAAAAGGAAUUAUGUGAAACACAAGCCCAGAAACAUUCAGAAUCAAUGGCCAUUGUGGAAAAGCAAUCGAAAGAAUCUUUGAACCAGCUUGAAAAUGAUCACAAACACGAUUUGGAGAAACUCAAAAAUGCUAAUAAUGCUGCACGAGAUGUACUCAUUGAGAAAUAUGAACUCAGACUAGCAAGACAAGUUUCAGCUCAGACUUCUCAAAAUGCUAUAAAAGAAUCACAGAUUUCUUCACUGAAAUCAAAAUUGAUUAAGCUGGAAUUUGAACGAGACUGUGAACGACAAAAAUGGAAACAAAUACUGGUUAAAAAUGAUGAUGCCUCAAAGAAAAAGAAACAAGGAUUGCAACCAACCAAUACUGAAGAGUUGAUGGAACAGCCACCAAACAACAACUUUGUGAGAGAACUCCAUCAAAAAUUAGAAAGUGCAAAUAAUCAGAUAUUAAAUCUAAAUACUAAUAAUCAACAGCUUUGCAUACGGGUUGGACAUUUGAGGGAGGAACUCACCAGGCUAAGGGAAAUUAACAAAUCAAGAGAAGAAGAAAGAUCCUGGGACAUUUCUGAAACCAGAGAUAUUCUGACACAACAUAACCAGUUGAUGAUUCAAGAUUUAAAAGACAAAAUAACAAAGGAGAUGCAUGUGGAAGUCCUUUCUUUAAUGCAACGUCUUCACCAGCAAGAGGACGAGUUAGUUUACAUAAAGUCUAUGUGGAACAAAAUGUUGAAGAGCUUACAUCUCUUUGAAUGUGAAGGAAACAACUCUACAGUGUUUGGUAUGGAUAAAUUGGAGAUUUUAAUUGCUGGUCUACUAAAUGAAGAAUCUCAUUUGAAUAUGAACAUCCUAGGAGUCAAAUAUUUGAGCAGGUUGACAAAGUCUGUUUGUGGAAAAACUGAAACUGGCAAGUACCAGACACCAGUUACUGACAAACCAACAUUGGCCCAAUAUCUUCAGGAACCAAUCAAGACAGCCUAUAACAGACUUCAUUCAACCAGUCAGCAACUGAGAGAUUUGGUAAAGUCAUUAUCUAAACAUGAUUCCCAUAAUCCUUCAUUUGAACUCUACCCAGCUCCACAAGCAGACUCGAUUCAUUGUGAAUUUCCUGUGGAAACUGUAAACAGAGAGAAAAACAUGUUUCGACCCUUCAUUGGGAUUACAUCCACUUCUUCAGCCGAAUGCUCAGCAAAUGAUGAAGAAUCACAGAGGAUGAUUAUGCUAGAAUGUGAUUUGAAUCAUCAGGCCAAAGUUCUGUUGGAAUUGAUGCGUUCUUAUAAUGGUUUACAAGAAGCUCUGGUUGCAUCUCAGUCAUCACUUCAUCCUCAGAAAGGAAUAUGUCGAAACAGCACAGCUGAAUAA